UCAGUAUCCUUUUUUUAUGGUGUGGUGCCAGAAGUGGACACAGAACUGUACCUUGGACAGCUGCUGGCAGCCAGGGAAGACGGUAUUUAUGCUACACAACACUCCUUUUACUGGACCUCAGCUGAACAACUCCCUGGAUGAUGUAACAGCAGCCCCAUCUAUAUAAUGCCCUCUACGCGGAAAUUGGGACACCAGAGGCACUCAGGCUCAGCACUGAUCCCAGCCCUGCCUUCUCUCGGACGACACCAUGCUGGCUGUCUUCCUUCUGUGUCUCCUGUCAGCACACUUGGUUACCUCUGAAGACGAAGAAGCCUCUCCAAAACCACCUCCAGCCCCCCUGGAAUGUGUCACCCUUGGUGGAACUGGAAAGGUGUGUGAAGCGACGCAGACAGACUGUGUGGCCAUCAUGGAUUGGAACACAUUGACUGACAAAAACAGUAGCUUAUACUAUGGAUGCAGAAACAACGAACCUUGUGACCGGACUUUCAGCUUCAGCAUUGCGAAAGGGAAACGUUUGGCCUUAAGCUCUGCCUGCUGUAAGACAGCUAACUGCAACCAAGACUUAGUGGUACCAAUUCCUUCAGCUUCCGACAUGGAGAAUGGGCUCAUUUGUGCAGAAGGAUGUUAUUCUACGAGUGAUGCUGAUUGCAAAGGAGUUAACAUUUCAUGCACAGGAGAUGAAAUUAAAUGCUUCAAUCUAACAGGAAAAUCAGAUGCAAAGACCAUCGUUGCGAAGGGUUGUGGAACACAGAGCGUGUGCCAACUCAAGGGCACUGUCCUGACUAUUGGUGGAACUCCCUACAAUGUGUCCAUGGUAAUGUGUGAGGAGGCCGAAAGCCCUGUGCCCAAUAGCAGCAAUCAGAUCCACGGGAAGAGUUCCUUCCUUCUCUCGCUGCCCACUAUCGCCAGCGUUCUCUUUAUGAAGCUUCUCUGCUAACCUCUGUUUUCCUGACAGCCAUCUUGAAGGGUCCAUGCCAUGACCAUUAUGAGUAUGAAUGGAUGAAUCUGUCAAUUUUCUUAAGUUUCUCAUUUUUCCAAUGUCAGUUCUCCACAUUUCUGCUGCAGUUGGCAAUUAAAAAAAAAUCCUCAGUAAUUUUUUCCAGCAUUUCAGUGCAAAUGUCCCCAAAGAAGCACAUUGUUGUAUACAUUUUGGCUAAUAUACACAUUUUUGCAAGCCCUUUCUCCCCUAAUGAGAGCCAGUGUGGUGUAGUGGUUAGAGUGUUGGACUACGACUUGGGAGACCAGGGUUCGAAUCCCCACACAACCAUGAAGCUCAUUGGGUGGCCUUGGGCCAGUCACUGCCUCCUAGCCUCAGAGGAAGGCAAUGGUAAGCCACCUCUGAAUACUGCUUACCAUGAUAAUCCUGUUCAUGGAGUCACUAUAAGUCAGGAUCAACUUGAAAGCAGUCCAUCUCAAUU